AUGUUGCAUGUCCGAGACCUCGAUGCCUCCCUGGAAUUCUACCAGGAUGCCGGCCUCGGCGCGCUGUCCGUCAAUCGGCGCCCGGGUGGUGGUGGCACCGCCUUCGUCGGGCCCGGGAAGCUGCGGGACAAGCAGAACUUUGCCCUGGAGCUGGCAACGGCCAAGGAUCCGGAGAAGCUUGAUGUGAAGGUUGGAGGCUUCAGAGGCCUCGUAAUAGCUGGUGAUCCUGAUGAGACGACCGACCCGGAUGGCUACCCCAUAUCCUUCUCCGAAUCCGGCCGACCAGGCACCGUGCUGUCAUUGAAGCUGCGCACAGCCAACUUGGAGCAGGCUGUCAGGUUUUACGAGCAACUGGGCAUGCAGAUUGUCGACGAAGAUGCUGGAACUUGCGUGUCGCUCGGGUACCCUGGUGGCCCGCAAACAACUUUGACACUCCAGCAAUCUGAACAGGCGCUUGAUGGGGCGCAGCUUCCUUCCGGAUAUGAUCACCUCGUGAUUGCCACUGAAGACCUUCAGGAGGCGACGGCGGCCCUGGAUAAGAUGGGCACGAAGGUCCUGAUGCCCCCGACUAAAAUGUUUGGGAUGAACAUCGCCGGAUUCGCAGACAGUGAUGGGUACAAGCUGUAUCUGAUUCUGGAAAGCGACUUCCGCCAGUCUUAA